ACUCUGAUCGUCGCUCCUCCGAACUGCUCAAUCAGUCCGUUAUGGAUAGACAUAUCCCAAACGGUUCUGCCCCACCUCGCCCAUUCACAACACCCCGGACAUCGAUAAUGGACUACCCAAUGCAUGAUGCCAAUGAAAAAGAUGAACUGGACCCGGGUAAACCCCUACCACUGGCCGCCAGCCCAUCUAGAAAGCGCAAAAAAUUGGCUGAUGGUGGGACCGAGACCGAGAUUAUAGAACUUCAACUCAAGCAAACCGUCUGUAUACUCAAGAAAUAUCUGCCAGAUUAUGAUCCUGCCCGCGCCCACUACUUCGCUGCGCAAUUAGGAGUCUCCAUACCGGAGGGAGGUCCGAACAUCCCGACUUCUCAACCUCCGCCUGGAUUGCCAAUGAUGCCCUAUUCGCCUUCACAUUCGGGCUCCGAUUCGUUUUCACUCAGAAGUCCGAUAGACAAUUCCCAAGCCAUGUCGCCGUCAACGCCUCCUACACCUUACUUCAGGCCUCCUUACGCAUUCCCCACUCCUCCACACGUGGCUCCCGAUAAACCAAUGAUCCAUCAUCCAUCGCGUGAGGAGAACGGCCACGUCAAACGUGAUUUAGAUGCCGAUAACGGCAAAAAAGGACUUGAUCCACGAGGCAGGAAUAUGGCAAAUCCAACUGCGAUAGCAAGAGGCUUUGGUGUAAACUCACGGCUGUUAGACGGCUAUAGCGAACCUGAACCCAUGAAAGUGGAAGGUGAUGACCUGCCCCCCGUCUCGAAUUCGUCUGCUCUCCACCCGCAUCUGUGGCAAAGCCGACCGUUCAGAAGGAAUCAAACUUCUGCCCCUUCACCACCUUCGCAGUCAACGUCGGCUCUCGACCCCGUAUGGCUUCCCAAGAAUCGCGAAAUUGCUCUCAACAUGAUCGAGAAAUACUUUAAACGGCUCAACUUCCAUCGACCAAUAUUUGAAAAAGAUAACUUCCUCAGAAGAUUCGAAGCACUCUACAACACCGACUCGGGGCCGAACGACGAUUCAGGAUUCCUGUGUAGUACUUAUAUGAUCCUUGCAUUAGCGACACUUUCCGAAAUGCACCAGCCAGAUCUAGACAAGGCGUGGAAAGAGAGACUACAAAAAGAAUGGCCUACUCACGAAAUACUCUUCUCUCGUGCUCUGGUCGCCAAGUCGGAGCUGCGUGUCACCAUCUCAAGUUUGCAAGCUCUUUUGCUACUUCAAUGUCGUUCUUUAUGGAGAUUGGUCGGAACGCUUGUGCGGCUAGCAGUUGAACUCGGAUUACAUCACGAUCCGAUGAUGCAGAAAGAUACCUUUACUCCCGAAGAAUUGGCUAUUGGCGAGGAGUAUUUCAAUACUUCCUAUCCCAUCGAAGUGACUGGGAUGGUCUCUCGACACUUUGUGGAUAGCGCUCCAUUGAACAGUGUGGCUGCCGACAUCAUUCGUUCCUUGUAUCGUCCUGAUAUCCAAUCGACGGAGGAAGUGAUCCACCACUCGAGGCGAAUUUUGAUCAAUAUGACAAACUGGCGCAAGACCUUGCCCAGUGACUAUCAUCCGCUUUUCCUGGGCACAGUUCGGUGGAAUGAAGAGGAUAAGAAAAAGUUCCGCAAGGAGAUGACUACUGAAAAGGGCCUCACUUUCCUCAAAUACUCGAUUCAGCGACUUCUACUCCUUCGAGCCGUCUUUACCAAUGACGAGAUGACAUAUGACUUCAAGAUCAAGGCGUUAGAGGAUGCGGCGAUCACGAUCAUCUACGGGCAAUCCUGUGGUUUCACAACCCUUUCAUAUGAAACUGGCUAUGAAGAUGUGCAGUCAGCGCUUCACAUUACUCCAGCUCUUAGAUGGACAUGGGAACGUAAGGAUGCCAGUGGAGGUGUCCAUCCGAUAACGUUGGAACUGGCGAAUCGUGUGUUUAAACGGAAACCCUCGAUGUCGGACCGACCAAAGCAGCUUUCGGAUUUCUUGCCCGAAGUGGACUGGAAUGACGAUAAAAUUAACUUGGCUCCGAUCCCAGAGAACCAACUCAAUCAUUGGCCUUCUGGGCUGUUCCUUCCUGGACCUGUCUCCCCUGAGCGGCAUCAGUUGUCCAACACACGGACCGAUGGAUCGAAUAGCAGCCAGUCGGCGAGUCCGAAUGGACAACAUGCUAUCCCUGCUCAGAUGCCGAUGGCCGCAAAUGGGUCGGCCAUUGCUGGACCUUCGAUGCCCGGGAACGGUACUUCCUAUUUCAAAACCGAGGAGCUCGACUUUAGUAGCCUAUUUGCUCAAGUGCCCGGGUAUGCGAUUAACUUCCAACCCGAACUUGAGCAUCCUCAGCUCUUCAUGGAGGAAGAGAAGGAUAGAGCGGCCCGACCGCAUGCUAAUUCUAAGAGGGAGUUGAACCAGAAGAUGAUGGAGCAACUUCAGCAUAUG